AUGGUGCGCGUAAUCGCUGGCUUUCCGGCGUUUUUAGCCAUCGUUUCGAUGCUGGUAGAGGUCGAGCAAGUGACUGGCAUGACUAUGGAGCUACACCGCCUACCGAAGCAUGACGUUCACCCAGAGAGAUACGCUAGACGCCUGAGUAGCGAAGAAGAUGCGCCAGAACUCGUGCCGCUUCACUUGGGACUCGGAACGCACUACACAUGGGUGUACGCUGGUACUCCACCGCAGCGAGCGUCGGUGAUUGCAGAUACAGGCAGUGCCUUGAUGGCCUUCCCAUGCUCGGGGUGUGACGGCUGCGGCCACCACACGGACCAGCCUUUCCAGGCAGCUAACUCUUCCACAUUGGUCCAUAUUACAUGUGCACAAAAGUCGCUCUUCCAAUGCAAGGAAUGCCACGUACAGUCCGACACGUGCGGCAUCUCGCAGUCUUAUAUGGAAGGAAGCAGCUGGAAAGCGUCUGUGGUCGAGGACAUCGUGUAUCUGGGAGGAGAGUCGAGCUUCGACGACAAGGAAAUGCGGAAUCGAUACGGAACCCACUUCCAGUUUGGCUGUCAGAGCUCCGAAAAGGGAUUAUUCGUCACACAGGUGGCCGACGGCAUCAUGGGCCUGUCCAACACAGAGAACCACAUCAUUGCCAAGUUGCACCGUGAGAACAAAAUCGCCAGCAACCUUUUCUCGCUCUGCUUUACAGAGAACGGAGGCACAAUGUCCGUUGGACAGCCACACAAAGCUGCUCAUCGGGGUGAGAUUUCCUAUGUGAAAGUGAUCGCAGACCGCUCGGCAGGUCAUUUCUACAAUGUACACAUGAAGGACAUUCGCAUUGGGGGCAAGUCUAUCAACGCCAAGGAGGAGGCAUACACACGUGGCCACUACAUCGUGGACAGUGGCACCACCGACUCGUAUCUGCCACGAGCUCUGAAGACUGAGUUUUUGCAGAUGUUUAAGGAAAUUGCAGGCCGUGACUACCAAGUUGGCAAUUCCUGUAAGGGCUUUACGAACAAGGACUUGGCGUCCUUACCCACGAUCCAGCUCGUAAUGGAAGCGUAUGGAGACGAAAAUGCCGAGGUGAUUUUGGACGUGCCCCCGGAGCAAUAUCUACUCGAGUCCAAUGGCGCGUACUGUGGUGGCAUUUAUUUGUCGGAGAACUCUGGAGGUGUCAUCGGAGCCAACCUCAUGAUGAACCGUGACGUGAUCUUUGAUCUUGGCGACCAGCGUGUUGGCUUUGUGGACGCUGACUGUGCUUACGCGGGAGCUGCUAACGCGACUGCGCCUCCAUCUAUUCACAAAGGUGGCGUAGCUACAACAACGUCUACUACGAACGAUACUGCACCAGUUGUUACACCGGGAGCUGCGAACACUGUGGCCCCAACUGCUGCUACACCAGCAGCCACAACAAGUACUGUAGUGUCGACGCCCAAGCCUACGUCCGCUGCUGUGACUUCCCAGCCGCCUACGUCAACAGUGGAGGCCACAGUGAAGCCCGUGUCGGCUAUAGCCACGGCGAAACCAGUCGCAACGGCGGCUGCAGUGCCUGCAGCAGUAGCCAUAAAAGCUACAAAAGCUCCGGUUGUGGUGGCCACUGGCUCAAGCACAGAAGACCUGAACCUCCAGCCUUUGUCUGGGGAAACCACGACAACGAAUCAGCCGUCCUCUUCUGCUAAUACGGGAGAAGAUAAGCCGAAGGAGAAGUCGUCAGGUACUCACCCGAUGGUGCUCACGAUCGUGGGUGCUGUGUUGGUGGUAGGCUUCUUGUUGAUGAUGCUCAUUUCAGUAAGUCGACGGAGGCAAAAGGACGGCAAGGAGCAACUCUGGAGUCGUGUCAAAGGAGAUGAAGAGGAUGACGAUGACGACGAUGAAGAAGAGUUCGGGGUGGUGCGUAACGAAAAGAAGAAGGCAGUCUCCGCAAAGCACCAGCGACUAGAUCAGGAAGAUGACGACGACGACGAUCAGAGCAGCAGCGACGAGGAGGACGAGGUUUUUGACCGGAUAUCCGUGCAGGAAGAGUCGAAGGUGGACAACCACACCCUGGAGCGCCUUUGA